UAUUCACUAUUGGUGCCACAUAAAUUGUAAAAAUUCUGUGAAAUCUUUUAUAUUGUGAUUCCGGGUGCGAAAAUAUAGUAGUCAAGUCUGAUGUAAGCAAUCAGACGCAUCAAAUCGCAUAUCGCGCUUCUUUUAAAUUACGAAAUAAACAUAAAUAGGGAUUAAAAAAAAAAAAAACGGAACCCCAAAAAUGACUUGUGGAUUUUUAAAUAAAAUUCUCUGGUCCUUUUUACUGGCCCUAACCGUUUCACAACAAUUAUCUGCUUGCCCAACCGAAUGUAGCUGUUACAAUGGACAAGCUCAGUGUACACGCUUACCUGCCUCGAAACUCAUUCAAUUACCACACGCUACACGGAUUUUAGUUUUGUACAACACCGAUUUACGCCGUUUAGAGCAAGUUUCGUUCGCAUCGUUAAUAUCAAAUUCAGUGGCAAUCAAACUAGAACGAAUCGAACUCUUUAACAAUAAUAUUGUUCAAUUAUCUUCGAACACAUUUGAUGAUUUGCCAGCAUUGCACUACUUACGAAUCGACAAAAAUACCAUAAAUUGCGAUUGUGCCGCACUUGAUCUCUUCCGAAAGUUUGACGAAAAUCGUGCUCGUGCACACAUCACAUGUAAUACCCCGCAGCAUUUGCACGGAAAAAACUUAAAUCACGUUAGUGAUACGGAAAUAAGAUGCGAUUCGGUUGGCGGAAAUAAGUUAAAGUUAACAGGAAAAGAUGGAAACUCAAUGUUUGUAUGCCGUACAGAAGACGAACUGAAUUUAGAUGAAUUCGAUGCUGAUGUCAGUGCAGAAGAGAGCGAUUCACCGAUUUCAGUUGAUAUACAAAAUUUGGCAUCCAGUUUUAUCGGUGAACAUGAGUGUGUUUUUAGUGAAGUGCCACAGGGAUUUCAAAGUGAACAUUUAAAAUUAAUGGUUACAACCGAAGCAAAUGCAUUCAAUCAAGUAACGGCAAAUACCGAAUUCAAAGCUGAAAUAGUCGUUGAACGUACAACAACAACCAUCAACAAUGCACAGUUUGACGAUGAAAUGUAUAUCAAUUGCCCAAAAUCAGGAAAAUUUGUAUGCAGUUCGGAAAAACAAUCGGAAAAGCCAAAAUUCAUAAAUGAACCGUUUAAUAUCGACGCCUAUGUUGGUACUACAAUUGAAAUUCCAUGCGAAGGGGAAGGCAACCCAAAGCCAGAAGUUCAAUGGAAAAAAGAUGGUCGAACGUUGGCGCAAAAUGUAAAUCAUCGUAUUGGCAUCAGCGGAAGUUUAUUUAUAAAGAAAAUAACAGCACAAGAAGCUGGCCGCUAUGAAUGUACGCUACGUAAUAGUUUGGGUCGAGUGAGUGCAUCAGCCCUUGUAACCGUGAAAAACAAGGACACUGUUUCGCCGAGUGAGCAAGUAAUUCGAGUUGCAUUUGCCGAUGCGGCUCGUGAAGUUGAUACAGCCAUAAAUCAAACGUUGGCCUAUCUAUUUGAUCCUAAUUCAAAUCGGCAUCAUGGUGAUCUAUUUAAAAUCGCACGAUAUCCGAAAGGAAAUGCACGUGAAUUGGCCCGUUCAUCCGAAAUAUUCGAACGAACAUUGGUCAAUUUACGUAAACAAAUAAAUGCCGGUGCAAAAUUACAAAUUGAUGCCGAUAAAUUCAACUAUAAGGAUAUUUUUACAAGCGAACAAUUAGAUUUAAUUGCACAAUUAUCCGGUUGCAUGGCACAUCGAAUUAAACCAAAUUGUUCGGCCAAUAUGUGCUUUCAUAUGAAAUAUCGAUCGGCCGAUGGUACCUGUAAUAAUUUCGAGCAUGCAAUGUGGGGAGCAUCAUUAACGGGUUUUCGACGAUUGGCAAAACCAAUUUAUGAAAAUGGUUUUAGCACACCAAUCGGAUGGGAUAAGGAACGUUUGUACUAUGGACAUCGUAAACCAAGUGCACGUCUUGUAUCAACGGAAAUUAUUUCAACAAAGGAAAUUACACAGGACGAUAGAAUCACGCAUAUGGUUAUGCAAUGGGGUCAAUUUUUGGAUCACGAUUUAGAUCAUGCAAUACCGUCGGUGAGCUCAGAAAGUUGGGAUGGCAUCGAUUGUAAAAAAACAUGUGAAAAUACAGCACCAUGUUAUCCGAUUCAGGUUCCGCCAAAUGAUCCACGUGUCACAAAUCGUCGUUGCAUCGAUUUAUUUCGAUCAAGUGCAAUAUGUGGAUCGGGAAUGACAUCGAUUCUAUUCGAUACGGUACAGCAUCGUGAGCAAAUAAAUCAAUUAACGGCUUACAUUGAUGCGUCUCAAGUGUACGGUUAUUCGUAUGAAUUUUCACGUGACUUGCGUGACUUCAAUCCAAAUGUCGGUUUACUUCGUACGGGUGUAAAUUUUCCAAAUCAAAAGUCAAUGUUACCAUUUGCUUCGCCAACCGACGGAAUUGAUUGUCGUCGUGAUGUCGAAGAGAGUAAGAUGAAUUGCUUUACAGCUGGUGAUAUUCGGGCAAACGAACAAAUUGGUUUGACAGCAAUGCAUACGAUAUGGUUGCGCGAACACAAUCGCAUUGCUGCCAAAUUGAAAGAAAUCAAUUUUCAUUGGGAUGGUGAAACAUUGUAUCAAGAAGCUCGUAAAAUUGUCGGCGCCGAAAUGCAAUUGAUAACAUAUGAACAUUGGUUGCCAAUAAUUCUUGGGCCAAAAGGUAUGGAAAUGCUUGGACCGUAUAAAGGAUACGAUCCGUCGGUCGAAGCAACUAUAUCAAAUGAAUUUGCAACGGCUGCACUGCGUUUUGGUCAUACAUUAAUCAAUCCGAUACUGCAUCGUCUCAAUGAAACAUUUGAACCAAUCGAACAAGGACAUUUGCAAUUGCAUCGUGCAUUUUUUGCGCCAUGGCGUCUUGUUUACGAGGGUGGCGUUGAUCCAUUGAUACGUGGCAUGUACAGUGUACCGGCCAAAUUGAAAAAACCAUCAGAAAAUCUCAAUACAGAAUUGACCGAAAAACUAUUUUACAAUGCUCAUGCUGUUGCACUUGAUUUGGCCGCUAUAAAUAUCCAACGAGGCAGAGACCAUGGAAUUCCCGGUUAUAAUGAGUAUCGCGCUAAAUGUAAUCUAACCGUUGCACAUACAUUUGAUGACUUAAGACAUGAAAUAAGCGAUGCAAGUGUACGCGAAAAGCUCAAGAAAUUAUAUGGACAUCCGAGUAAUAUUGAUUUGUUUGUCGGUGGUAUUUUGGAAGAUCAAGUGGAAGGUGGAAAAAUAGGUCCAUUGUUUCGAUGCAUUUUAAUUGAUCAAUUCGAUAGAUUACGACGCGGUGAUCGUCAUUGGUAUGAAAAUCCAUCAACUUUCCAGCCCGCACAAUUAUCACAAAUUAAAAUGUCUUCAUUGGGACGCAUUUUAUGCGAUAAUGGCGAUAACAUAACACAAAUCACAGACAAUGUCUUCUUUUUGCCACAAACACAAGGCGGAUAUAAAUCUUGUGAGAGAAUUCCAAAAAUUAAUUUGAAUGUUUGGUUGAAUUGCGACAAGUGUUCAGCACAUCAAGAUCCAAAUACAUUUUAUGCCGAUCCGAAUUUACCGCGUCAAAGCCAAACGAGUGGUGCGACAAGAACAAGACGUGAUGUACCUGAGUAUGGAGAAAUUGACGAUGGUAGUGGUGAAGUCGAUAAAACAAUUGAAGACACUCUGCCAAAUCAUACGGGUGAUUUGAAUGAAUUACAAAUGAUUACAACAACAUUGAAAUCGGUUCAAGCGGCAAUUGCCGAUUUACAAGAACGCAUCUUAAAAUUGGAAGCUCAAGCUAAUUAAUUUCGUGGCACUAUUAAAUUUCUGUCUAUACAUUGUCAUUUAAAAUGUUUUGUUUUAUACGAAAAUUGUCUAUGGAAAUAAAGUUGAAUAAAUUUAUUCUAUGAAA